AUGCGUGAGGUCAGUGCAGGGACGACCAAUGGGUUGAAGGCCGGGGUUACAUCAGGUUUAAGAGAGCCUGGAGAGGUGGAGAUGAUCAAGUGUUUGGCGAUGUCAUUACCGAAGCACCUCCUGCCUCUUGCUGCUCUCCUCCUUCUGUCCGUCUUUCCCACUGAAACUAAAGUGGUGGCAUCAGUGGAAGACUGUAAGGAGUUUUUUCUUCAGCAAACUCCACCACACAUCCCAGGAAUUUUGGAGGGAGGGAUCAUCCUGGACCAAAACAGAUACAAACUGAUUCGCCAGACAUUAAAUAACACCAGAACAUUUGUGACGCUGUACGACACCCAGAACAAGAUUCCAGUUUUUUCUGCUGCAAAGUACAGAGGGGGAGCUGGAGGCAAGAGGCCCAAGAAUAAAUGGAUGAUUGAACCACAGCUUGAAAACAAACGAGACAAAGGCAUUAUGAGAAAAUCAAACAAAAACAUCAUCUACAACUACCAGGCUGGAAAUGAAGAUUUCAAAAACAACCAAGGGUUUGACAGAGGACAUCUAUUUCCAAACUCAUAUGGAUCCACUCUUAUUGAAAAAAGGUCUACUUUUACACUGACUAACAUUGUUCCACAAAUAGGUAAUUUCAACCAGGGAAGCUGGAAUAGAAUGGAAAACUGUGUCAAAUGUGUUUUGAAUGAAUAUUGCCUUAACAACAAUGAAAAAAUAGAAGGCUUUGUAGUUACUGGAGCACUGCCCAGCAACAAUAGUCUCAAUAACAAGAUCAAUAUUCCUUCAGUGCUCUGGUCAGCAUUCUGCUGCUACAGUCACAGGCAGAACAGCUGGCUGGCAAGUGCACACUGG